UAGGGUAUAAAGUGAGGGCAAGAUCACGAUACAAGACAUCCCAAAUCAAACAACCUUCCAAGCUCAUCUACUACUUUGACGAGCUAAGCUCUAUUAUUUCUCACCGAAACCAUGGUUUAUCUUCCUGCCUACUCCGCGGACAGCUCUCCCCCUUCCUACGAUGAGGUCUCUCAGAAACUAGAGGGCCUCCUCGGCAGUAAUCCCACUGUCGACAAGGCCCUCGAGGCGGCUCGCUCCCUCUCGGACGACGAGAUCAAUGUGCUCGCCAAUGGCUACGAAGAGCACAAUCCAUUGCAGACGGAUCAGCAGAAGGCAGAUUUCACUGUCGGUGCCGGCCAGCAUCUGUCUUCGGAGGCAGGCCAGGAGGCCAUGGCCCAGGCGGGUGUGGCAGCGUCUCAGUCGGCCGUGGAUGUCAACGACCGUCUCCUCGACAUCCAGCAGAAGCUGGCCGUCAUUGACCAAACCUACCACGAGGGCUUCGCGGACACCUUGGUCACUAUUCGCUCGAACUACAACGAUGUCCUUCAGGACAGCCGGUUGCUCGCUGCAGACAUUGCCCAGAAUGGCCAGAGUUUCGAUACCAUCCUUGUCGCGCUUUGUGCAGACAGCAGCGUUUCUCUGGAGGACCGCAAGACUCGCGUUGCAUCCUUUAUCUCGGAUACCAAAAAGUUCGAGGAUACAUCCAAUGGGAUCCAAGAGCGGUUCGCCACCGUCAGGACCGAUUUCUCAUCCUUCACGGAGAAAUUCUCUUCAUGGGCGAAGGACAAAGAAGAGGAACUGACCGAGCAGAUCAAAGAGCUCGCGAAGGAAAUCCUCGAUCUGACUGAAACAUUGGGCUCCAUUCAAGCGGCUCAGAAGGCCAUGGAAGUCAUCGCCGGGGCGGCACUCCCAAUCGCAGCAGCUGCUGGGGAGAUCUUCGAACCUGUGAAGCCAAUCAUCCUUCUUGGAGGCCUCAUCACUGCAGUCGUCGCCCUCGGCGCUACAUUGGGCUUGAUCAUCGCAGCCGAACGGGUGCAAAACAAAAUAAACCGGAAGACUAGCGAGAAAGAAGAUCUCGAAAAGGAGCUGGAAAAUAUUCAGAAUGCACGCCAGGGGCUGCAGACCAUGCAGCUAGGCGGCCUGGAGUCAUUCCAGGCCUGUAUGGAUGUGCUUCCUCAAUACUGGAAGUCGACAGUCGAGGACGCACAGUCAAUUCAUGACUGGUUGGAGAAGGGCGCUGAAACCGGGAUUCGCCCGGUGUAUAUGAGUCUGAACGUGGAAAAGGGGGUUAAAUCCUAUAAUUCUACAGCCGGAUAUCUUUCCAAAUAUGCACAUGGAAAUUAAAUGUUCUUGUUCAUUUCCUACGCUUGGACUUCUGCGCUCCACCUUUUGCGGGAAUUGGCCAAAAUAUCUGAUGAGUUUUCUUUUCGUAUGAUGUGGAGGCAGAGGAAUGUUCACAUUAUCCAUUCAAAUCACC